CUCCGAGGCUUAUAACCCUCAUCCGGGUGUUUACGGUUCCCGAUUGGCGACCCGUCGCCAUAUGUCUGUAUUUCCUUAGCUGGAGUAAGAUUUGGGUUAAAACCCAUUUAUUUAACCGUUUUCCUCUUUUGGAAAACGGCUAACGCCUUGUGGGGCGUAACACUUCCCACGCCGAGGAGAAACUGCGCUUUUCAAGGGGCGAGGCCCCGCUUUUUGGGCACUUGUUUUUUGUGUUAGCACACAGGCUUUUUUAACUGAGACAUUUGGAUUGUGUCUCUGUUUUUCUCUUGGUUUGUUUGUGGUCAAGAUGUCGCCGUAAUGGGGUCUCCGUGUUUGUCAGAAAUGAAUAAGGGCCUUCGUUGCCUGACCCGCAGCCGCAACAACUCGUUUACCCCGUUUAAUGCUAGAGAGCUCGGAGGCUCUCACCCCGGAGUUCGGCCUCAACAUGGAGAAAAAUCCAAACGCCAACAACAACAGCAGCAGCACGAAGAUCCCGCCCCGUUCCAGCUCUACAGGCCUCAACCCGACAGACUCUAAAGCCAAAACAGAUGGUAAAAAUAAUGGGGGCUCUAAGCGCUACAGCCGUAAGCGGGAGCCCACUUUUGCCAAGGCUGAGAGCUUUCCAGGCCCACGCCGCUCACAGCCACAAAAAAAUAAGAAUUUUGACAAGAGACCCCCUCAGAGAGGUGGCGCAGGGGUGCGACAGUAUGGACUCGCUGGUGGUGGGAGAAGAGAAGAGGUAGCAGAAAACCGCCGGGCAGAGUUUAGCCCGGCUCAGUUUGCUGGACCCAAAAAGAUAAGUCUGAACCACCUGCUCAACUUUACAUUUGAGCCAAGAGGAGGCCAUUUUGGCUCCGGAGGAGAUGGCCAUUCCUGCUGGGGUCGCCGCAACAAGUGGGGUCACAAACACAAGCCCUUCAACAAGGAGCUUUUCCUACAGGCUAACUGCCAGUUUGUGGUAAGUGAUGAUCAGGACUAUCAAGCCCAUUUCACUGAUCCAGACACUUUGGUGGACUGGGACUGCGUGCAGCAAGUGCGUAUCUACAGUCAUGAGGUGCCGUCUUGUCCGAUCUGCCUGUAUCCCCCAGUGGCGGCCCACAUGACGCGCUGCGGCCACAUCUACUGCUGGCCAUGCAUGCUGCACUACCUCUCUCUGAGCGAGAAGAGUUGGUCUAAGUGCCCCAUUUGCUAUGAGGCCGUGCACAGCGCUGAUCUCAAGAGUGUGGUUGCAAUGGAGACCCGUCAGUAUGUGUCUGGUAACUCCAUCACGAUGUGUCUGAUGCGAAGAGAGAAAGGAUCUCUGGUUGCUCUUCCCAGCUCUCAGUGGGUUAAAGUGGAGGAGCCCAUUCAGUUUGGAGAUGUGCAAUUUUGUUCAUACUCCAAGCUGCUGCUGGCAUCUCGGCAGCAGGUUUUGGGUCUGCUGGCUGAAGAGAGGAUGGCUCUCCAAACCCAGCUCAGCCAGGAGAAAGAUGACCCACAGGCCUGUUUCAUACAGAGCGCUUUACUGCAGCUGCAGGAGCGUGAGGAAAGUCUUUUGAAACGUCGUCGUCGUAAGACUGCAGGUUCUGUUGAUGGGGUGGACAUGAGGAAACUCUCUCUGUCUGAACAAUCCUCUCCAGAGGUGACUGUGGUCAAUAACCUCACAAACUCGAAGCCCAUUCUGCAGUAUGCUUCAGCAUUUGACGAUGAGGUACAGGAUGCUCAAGAAGAGGUGCUGGAGGAAAUGACCAAUCCCAGUGUUCAUGAAGCGCCUGAAGAGAUACCUGAUGGAGACGUGGAGGACCUUCCUGUAGAAGAGACUCCUCAAUCCAGUCAGACCGCUCAUCAUGGCCCAUAUUACUACUUCUAUCAGGCUGAGGACGGUCAGCAGAUGUUUCUUCACCCAGUGAACGUGCGCUGUCUUCAGAGGCAGUACGGGAGCUUGGAGAACAGCCCUCAGACCAUCACUGCUAAUGUUGUGGAGAUUGAUGGACAAACGGUCACUGAGGAUAUUCGUCGUCGGCACCGUUACCUAUCUCACCUGCCCCUCACCUGUGAGUUCAGCCUCUGUGAGCUUGAUCUUCAGCCACCCAUUCUCUCGAAAGAAACAUUGGACAGUUUUGCAGAUGAUAUUGAGAAAAGGAAGCGCUUAAGGCAGAAGAAAGUGAGGGAUGAGAAGAGAAGGGAGAAGAGGAUUGAGAUGGAGGAAAAUAGGAAACAGGGCAAAUACCCAGAGGUGCACAUUGGGCUGGAAAACCUCCAUCAUUUUCCAGCUUUUGGUUCUCCUCCUCAGAACGGUCCACAGCUGCAUCUUCCAGAGGUUCUGCUGGGACCCCCUUCUCCACUGAGCAGCAGCCCGUCUUCAGAUGGAGUGAUGUUCCCUAAUCUCAGUGAGCACAGUCCUUCUCUGAGUGUUGUCGGUGUGGAAGAAGACUCUCACUGCAUGUCAUUCGCUCAGAUGCUGAAAGGUGGCAAAGCACGUGUGGAUACGGGGCCUAAAACUACCCCAAAGAAAGCAGACAUGUUUCUGGCUCCUCCUGCAGCAGACAGUGAUGGAGAGAGUGAUAACUCUGAUCGGGUCCCUGUACCCAGUUUCCAGAACUCCUUUAGUCAGGCUCUGGGACAGGCUCUAUCAAAGCUGGACAAUGGAAAUCAAACCCCAGCCCCAGCUUUACCCAUUUCUGAUGAUAAAGGCGGGAAGAAGAAAAAGAAAAAGCAGAAGCUUCUGUUCAGCACCUCUAUGGUUCACACCAAGUAAACACUGAAGUUCACCCUGUCACUCCUCCUGCCUUAUUCCUCCCUUUCGCUUGGCUUUCAUCAUCUCCCUUCCCUCUCCUCCUUCAUUUCCCUGUUCAAUGAGAUUUUUCUCCACAGGAAGUUCAUAGGGUUCUGGAUUACUCUCUUUAGAUCAGAUUCAUAUGACUUUUCACUGUAGUUCUGUGCAGAUUCUAAAUUGCUCAAGUUAAAUAUCAUGGUUGCUGGUUAAGGGUUGCACUGAUAGAUUUUGGGAGUCUUGAGGUCUCGGUCAGCCAGCUGCAGACACGUCCCGUCCCCAUUUAUCAGACAACAUUUUACUUCAACCGUGAUGCUUCAUUCUGAACUCAAAUCAAACAAAAAUGAAUUAAAACAAAACAUUGAAAAUUGCAAAAGAGGAAGAACGUGAUGAGGAUUGUAUGCAUUUGAGUUCUUCCUGUGAUGCACAGACACUUAAAACUAUGCUGAUUUGAACACAUUUCUGCUUGCUUGUACACGCACACACCAACACUUCUUCUUUUUCUUCCUUUUAUUUUCUGAUUAUUGUGAACUUCAGUCAGUCUGUGUUCAGCUGUCAUCAUCUGGCCAGCCUGAGAACUGCCUUUCACAAUCAGAGAUGUUCAUAAUUCACAAACAAGAAGUCAUAUUUCUGCUGGAAUAGCAUAGUGGGUCUUAAGCACUUGACUAUUGGAACCUUUAUUGAUUCAUUUAUUCAACUGUUAGACAGAUUGAGAGCUGCUCAUGUUCAAUAGUGUUCAGAGAAGAGCUUCUGUGUUGAGUGAGGAUGAUAUGUAAAGGCACAGAGAGGCUUUAUGAAAUGUUCUAGAGGGUUUGAUUUUCUUUUCUUUCUCUAUAUUUCAUUAUUUUCCCUCAUGUGGUAAAAAGUUCUUGCAUUUAGAGUAAGUUGGAAUGAAUAAAGGAUUAUUAUGCACUGGCAA